AUGAUGAAAACUUUCCUUUUUCUUUUUUUCGGAUUGGCAGCGGCCCACGACGUUCCGGUUCCCGCUUGGAAGCUAGAGCGAGUCCGAGAUUUGUCGAGGUCCAUGUCGACGAAUAAUGUUGGAACCACUCUACUCCUCAAUGCCCUUCAAAUCGCUGAUUUUAACGCUGUGCCAUCAUUCAAAGCGGAACAACUUGAAUUUCCCGGAGCUCGAAUUCUCAUCCAACGCGCUGCUGACAUUGGCGAAGAACUCAAAAUAACCCUGGCUGAAGCUGAUUUCUCCGAUGAAGAUUUAAUUAUUCAGGAAAUCGAACGAGCCGGCUCGGAAUUCUACGAAGCUGCUGAAGAAAUGGUUUCUCAAGACGAAGGGCUUUCCCGAAUGAAGCGAUUCACUGGACUCGAAGUUGUUGUCGUUGGCAUCGUUGCCGGUGCAGUCACAUGUAUCAGUACUGCCAUUUUUACAGGCAGCUCAUGCGUUAGCGUCAGGGACAUCAAUGUCAAUCUCCCCGGCUAG